AUGUAUAUAAAAUAUAAUAUAAUAUAUAUAAUAUAUAAUAUAAUAUUAGUAAAUAGUAUAAAUACAUAUAUAAAAAAUUUUAAUACACAUUUAUUAUUUCAAACAUUAGAUUUAAUUAAAAUAUUUGGAAGAAUAAGUGAAAUAUCAUUAAUUGGAAAUGUAAUACCGUUAAAUGUAGAAAGAUUAGGAAAUUUGAAAAUAAAAAAUUUGAAAUGGAAAAGUAUAUUUAAAGAUAAAAAUGAAAAAUUAGAUUUGGAAACUUUUAAAAAUAGACUUUAUAAUUGUUCAUUUACAUGGCCAUCUGAUUUUAUUACUAAUCAAACUACACCAUUCCUUAUACCUUUAAAGUUUAGACAUAAAUAUAAACUUAAAUGUAAAUGUUUUCCAGUGAAUAUGGAAAUGUAUUAUGAUAUAAAAUCAAAAUUAAAUAAAGAUACAUUGAAUAAUUAUAUACAAAAUUUACCAAUUCAUAUUAAUUCUAUUGAUUCAACAUUUAAAGCAUUAAGUGGUGAAGAAGAAAAAUUAACAAUAGAACAUAUAAUAGAAUAUAUUAAUUAUCAUUCACCAUUAAUACAAAUGAUUAAUUGGAAUACAUUUAUUUCUUCAUUACCUUAUAGUAGUCAGGAAAAUACUAAUACUCAGGGUAGUAGUACAAUGGGAGCAAGCACCGUUACUAGUAUGGGAAAGGGAGCUAAUUCUACAGCUAUGGAGUGUACUAUGGGAAAGGGAGCUAAUAAUAUUACUGCUCCUAAAGGAGUUAAUUCUUAA